UUGUCUCCUUAAUGAGUGUAGGAGCUUGAAAGUUGUUUAUCAAGAGUGGAACAAUCGCCAACCACAUCUAUGCAAGAUGCUCUUUCUCCAUCCCUGAAGGCAUUAGUAGCUGAUCAGCUUUUUAGGCAUUCUGAUGCUGAUGUUAAAGUUGCCAUUGCCUCAUGCAUCAGUGAAAUUACCAGAAUUACUGCUCCUGAAGCUCCCUAUGAUGAUGAUCAAAUGAAGGAAGUUUUUCAGUUGAUUGUAUCCUCUUUUGAGAAUUUGUAUGACAAGUCUAGCAGAUCUUACACGAGGAGAGCCUCAAUCCUUGAAACCGUUGCCAAAGUCAGAUCGUGUGUCGUGAUGUUGGACCUCGAAUGUGAUGCUUUGGUUGUCGAAAUGUUCCAGCAUCUUCUUAACUCAAUAAGGGACUACCACCCGGAUCAUGUCUUCCAAUCAAUGGAAACAAUAAUGACCCUCAUCAUUGAUGAAAGUGAAGAUGUUUCUCCAGAUCUGCUAUCGCCCGUCUUAGAUAGUGUAAAGAGUGAUAACAAGGAAGUUCUACCUAUUGCUAGAAAAUUGGGAGAGACGGUACUAAAGAACUGUGCGUCGAAGCUGCAGCCUUACUUUUGCCAGGCAUUGAAAGCCCUUGGAACUUCUAUAGAUGAAUACAGUAAUGUAAUUACUUCAAUAUAUCAAGAGGCAAGUGCUGCAGUUGAAGAGAAUAACAACCACGCUGCAAGCGAACACAAGGUGAAUAAAGAAAAAGCUUCUCAUCUAGUCAGUCCUGCUUCUGGAAGAUCUCCAAAAUCAGUGAUCAGUAAUGGUGCCACGCAAAAAGCAGAAUUGGAUUCUAUCUCCAAUAGAAAGCAUGAGGAUGCUCUUCGCAGUAGUCCACCUAAAGAUACUAAAGCACUAAGCAAUGACAACAUAGUCAAGUUGAAUAGUGCGAACGUAGCUAAGAAAGAAAGUAAGCUGGGAAAAAAGAAGAAGGGAAGAGGAAGGAAACCUGGUUCAAGUACAAAAUCAAAUGCAACUCCUGACGGUUCCCAAACAAUUCCUGAUUCACCCCAUGACAACUCACCUGCGGAAUAUUCGCCUUCAGAAAGUGAAAAGGAAACUGCUGCUAACCCUUCUUCCCCAAAACCUGCUGGAGAUGAAUCUAUGAGUGUUGCUUCCCCAUCCCAAAAUCAAGGUCAACCUGAUGAGAGUCGUUCUAGAAAAGGUGGAAGGCGGAAGAAACAAGAAUUAGCUAAGGAGGUCACAGGUCCUGCUGCUGACAUAUCUAAAAAGGAAGGAACUAGUGAUAAGGAAGUAAAACCACAUACAAACACAGGAAGAAAUACAUCCCUGGGAUCAUCUGAGGAUAUUAAAACUGGAAUUACCCUAAAAUUAUUGCGGAAGGAAAAUGCUGCUAUGGGUGAUUUAGAGGCAAAAUCACUGAAGAAUUCUUCUAAGAAGGUUUCUGUGAGCACCAAUGUUGACGAUGGAUCUUCCACAAAACGUUCUGGGGAUAAGAGAGGCGUUGCAAAAGGAAAAGUGGCCUCUGAAAAGGAUUUAAGAAAAUCUGCUGAAGGUGCUGCUUCACCAAAGUCUGCCAUGAAAGCUGGCGGAGGUGAUGAAAAAUCCCAUGAGACUCCUAAGGAUAGUUCAAAGAGGAAGCGCACUCUGGGAAAAGAGGCAUCUGAUGCGAAAGAAUAUGGCGAGGACCUGGUUGGUUCCAAAAUCAAAGUGUGGUGGCCUCAAGAUCGAGCAUUCUAUGAAGGUGUUGUGCAUUCUUUUGACCCUGUUAGAAAGAGACAUAAGGUUUUGUAUACUGAUGGUGAUCAAGAGAUAUUGAAUCUCCAAAAGCAAAAGUGGGAGUUCGUUGAAGGCAACUCUGUAUCGUAUCGGGGGCAAGAAGGCGAUGGCAGAAGUCCUGAUGCUUCUCCGGAACUGCCUCUUAAGAAGAGGGCAAAAAUGAAGGAAGGGAAAACAGAAACUUCAGCGAAGACGGGCAAUGCUUCCUCUAGCAAAUCCAAUGCUGGUUCCGCAAAAUCUGGCAAAAAAUCUAAGGGAGGGAAUAAUUCUGAUGGCAAGUUCGAGAAAGAUGGUAUUGGUAAAUCUAAGGAUCGCACCAGUGAUAAUGGUUCUAAAUCUGGCAGUGUUGCAUUGAAUAAGACAUCUAAGACUGGCAAACUCAAGGAUGAAGACCCUAGCAGCCCCCAUGUUGCGACAAAGUCCGGGGAAGAAUCCUCUGUGACCACAAAAGCUAAGAAAGGCUCAAAGAUUGCUUCUAGGGGCAGUGAACUCAAGAGUAGUGAAAAGCCUGAGAAGUUGAAGUCUAAUGGAUCUGACAAGCUAAAGUCUGGUUUAUUGAAGGUGAAAGAGAGAAUGAUAGACGAUGACUCGGUAGAUUCUGCAGAAACUGAAACUAACGAAGAGAAGUCGGUCCCAUCCAAAGUACCGGGAAGUGGGUCAAAGUCAGGGAAAAAGCGACAAAGAGGUGCUUAAUCCUUAGCAGCUGCCUAAGAAUGUUUUAUUUUUAAGCUGUUUUUUUGCUUCUCUAUCCUCUCAUCCUUCACUUCGUGUGUUAGUGGAGAUGCAACAUCUGCAAUCUGUAGCCCAAAAGAAGAAAAAAGCAUUUGGUAGAGAUUCACCUUGACGUGGAAUCCAUGGUCCGCACCAUGGCAUGGUUAUAUUUACUGAUAGCGUAGUCCAUAGCGGUCGUCAGCCUUAUUUAGUCUUCUUCUAUAUUCUUGGUGUUUCAUUGUAAAGAUGUAGAAAUCAACAUUAACUUGUGCUAGGUUGCUUUGUGCAAAUAUUAUCAGAUUGUUGGCAAUAGUUGUAAAGAAUCAGAAUGUUAAUGUUAGAAUAGCUUUAUGUUCAA